GUCGUGUGCAUGGUAUGGUGACUGGCAAGUGGCUGCACCUGCCAGUACUGGACUUCCCAUGUACCGCUCCCGUCUAGUCGACUUGGAAUAUUACACGCCAAACUGCAAAAAUAAGUUUGGCAACGAUAUGCCCGACCGUGUUGACUCUGAGGGAUUCCAUAACAAAUGGUUUGGCAUUCUUCAAAAUGUUUCCAAAAUUUACUACACUGCUGGCUCGCUGGACCUUUGGCGUGCAUCGUCUGCUACCCCCAGGGGAGGAACCUUCCUUCCGAACACAACUCUGUCGCCGACAUAUCUGAUUGACGGCGCUACCCAUGCGCAGGACAUUUCCGCUCCCUCAGAUAAUGAUCUGGACAGCGUGCAGCAAGCUCGCGAUAUUGGCAAUGCACUGGUGCAGCAGUGGAUUUUGUAAGCGUGCCCUUACCAAGUCAAGCACUUGCAAGCAGAUGCGUGCCAUCAAUGUUGG